AUGGAUACAUCACCUGCAUCCCCAGAGCCCUCCCUGCUCGUCCCGCAGACUGAGGUGCUGGAGGAGCUGCUGCAGGCACAGCUGGGGCCCCUGCCACGGCUCGCGGCCAUCUGUAGGCUCAAGAGGCUGCCCUCGGGCAGCUAUUCCACCACAGACGACUUGCAUCUGGUGCUGGAGCGCAGGCGUGUGGCCAACGCCAAAGAGCGUGAGCGGAUAAAAAAUCUCAACCGGGGCUUUGCCAAGCUGAAGGCUCUGGUGCCAUUUCUGCCACAAAGCAGGAAGCCCAGCAAAGUUGACAUCCUGAAAGGUGCAACAGAAUACAUCCGGGUGCUUGGCUGUGUUCUGGAAGGAGCAGAGGCCUCAGAGAAACAGGACCCUGAGGAGCAGACCCACAAUGGCAGACCCUCUGACACUCAUGUAUCCUCAACUAGAGAGCUCUUGGGAGAUGUGGCCCAGCCUACCAGCUGUGCAAGUGGCUUGAAGAAAGAAGAGGUGCCUUGGGCUUAUGGUGGCCAGACUGAUCCAUCAUACACCUGUCAUCAGAGCUCAGCACCUGUGGUGAGGAGUUACUUCAUUCAUCAAGAGUCUGAUGAGAGAUUCCUUCUCAAAUAG